CCGCCUUAGAUCGCAAACUCAAUGUGAUAGGCAGUGAGUUAAAGCAACGAUGUUGUUUGGUGAUACUAAUCCUCCUCCGUAUUGUUUCUGUGGGGUGAAAGGCCGACAUGAUUUGCACCACGGAAGAACCCGUGUACAAGAACUAGGCGAAACCAAGAAAGUCAAAGCAUUAACACCGCGGCUCAGUCGAAGAAGCACAUGACUUGCAAAACGAGCGCGCCCUAUUAUUCGUAAAGGCGUGUUCUUGGGCUGAACCGGACCAAUCUCCAUCAGUGUUCUAUCCAACUGUUUCCUGAAUGCAUGAAGGGGGUUGAACCAAGAGUGCAAUAUGGCGAGAAUGGUCAACGAAAACGGGUGCGGGGACGAUUUAAAGACCACAGCGUUAAAAGAACCAGGUUGUGGUUCGGUGAGGGGGGGUCCUCAACACGCAGGUGCUAAGGAACUUGCGAAUUUGUAUUCUCCAGGAAAAAGAUGUCAAGAGUGGAUAUCUGUGGUCCUUUGCUUCUCGUUAAUGGCUUUCAACCUCUUUCACCUUCUUGCUAACUUCCACCUGGAUCAUAUUUGGUAUAUCCUUCUGUGCAUCGUGGCUGGAAUAUUGACUGCAGACUUUGCCUCUGGCCUAGUCCACUGGGGUGCUGACAGCUGGGGAUCCGUGGAGCUUCCUGUCUUUGGAAAGGCCUUCAUCAGACCAUUCAGAGAGCAUCACAUUGACCCCACAGCCAUCACCCGUCAUGACUUCAUUGAGACCAAUGGAGACAACUGUAUGCUGACCUUGAUACCAUUAGCAUACAUGGCCUUCAACUUCCUCACCCACUCGCCUGCUGAGGUCUAUCACAACUACCUUUGGAACUGCUAUGUGAUGGCAGUGGCCAUCUUCGUUACCCUGACCAAUCAAAUACACAAGUGGUCGCACACCUACUUUGGGCUUCCGAGCUUGGUGGUCUUUCUACAGGACUGCCACAUCAUCCUGCCCCGCAAGCACCAUCGUAUUCAUCACGUGGCACCCCAUGAGAUGUACUUCUGCAUCACUACAGGCUGGUUGAAUUAUCCCCUGGAGAAGCUGGGUUUCUGGUCUAAGCUUGAGGAUCUGAUCCAGAGUUUGACGGGGGAGAAGCCCAGAUCUGACGACAUGAAAUGGGCCCACAAAACCUAGUAACCAUACAGGCUGGCUGUAACCUCCGAAGUAACCAGUUUCUUUUUUUCCCAGACUUAAUCAAUAGCUUACACAAACCUAACCAAUGGUUUGAUUUCAGAGAUGCCAUACAGCUUUAAAUCUUGCACACUUCGUCUGGUUCUAUCCGUAACAUUCUUUUUAACCUUCUGUGGAAAUCUGAGCUGAUCCUCAUUUAACUUUAUAUUUCAGAUGAGAUAUCUUUAGGUUGAGAGAACCAGGUGUAACACUGAAGCCAUUGUCCCUUUUAAAGGGAAGGUAGAAUAUUUUUGAAUGGUCAUCCUUUUCCGAAAGUUGAAAAGUUAGAAAAGCUGCUCAAAUAUUUCAGAUACAGUUGCAUUUACUGUUUUUGAUCACAAGUCAUCUCACUGGGCAUAGACCCUGACAUUUCUUUAAAUAUUUUUCACUUUAUAGAGCUGGCUUAGGUUGUCUGCAUCUAAUCAUUUUACUUGGAUAGACAUGGCAGUCUUGUGCACUAUUUAAAAAACAUAAAAAUAAAAAAUAAAAAAAGUAUUAGCCUUAACACUGACAGAUGCAGUAGUCUGUACUGCAUUUAAUUUCAGUCUAUUUGCAGAACUAGAGUAUUGUGCAAUGGUCCUGUGGUGGUUCUUUCCAACCAGGGUUUUCUGUCUAAAAACAUUUAUUCUCAAGUAAUUAGCCAAUAUGAUUUACACACCACAUGCCUUGUUUUCUAACUUUACAGUUGGAAACAAAGUUUACACAUAAGUAGUAAAAAAAAUAAAUAAUAAUAACAUUUUAGUGAUAUUGGCAGUGUUGCUGCCACGUAAUCAUGGUUUAUUACCAACACCACCACCAACAUGCAGCCUGGUUGUGUGCCUAUUAAUCACUAAUUUUGAAAUGAUUUUCUCCAUAUAUAUGCAAAUAGUUCCGCUUCUGAUUUAAAAGGAAUAUCGCAGAUCCUGAAUGUCUUCAGUGAUCCACUGCUCUCUAAUUUAACUUUUUUUAUUUUUAUUUCCAGAAGGUGUGUCGCACUGACUUACAGUACCAGUCUAAAGCUUGGUCACCUCAUUCAAGGGUAUUUAAUUAGUUUUCUAUUUUCCACAUUGUACAAUAAUAGUGAAGACAUGAAAGCUAUGAAAUGACACAUGGAAUCAUGUCGCAAGUGUGUGCAAAGUGGUCAUCAAGGCAAUGGGUGGCUCUAAUAUGCAUUUGAUUAUUGGGUUACUACAUGAUUCCAUAUGUGUUAUGUCAUAGUUUUGAUGUCUUCACUAUUAUUCUACAAUGUGGGAAAU